UUACCGCUGCUGCCGUUGCUUAGUGUGCAUUAAAAGCGACUUUUCAGAACAACCGGAGAGACUUUUCGCACCCGCUAACGCGCCCCCACACGUGGCGUGUCACCACCACCGCCGACGCCGUUGCUGAUGCUGACACUACUUCCGAGGUAAAAGCAAGGACUCUCGGCGAUAUAGAUGCCCUCGAGUUAUGUCUCGCCCGAUGUUAAGAGUACAUUGACACACGAGGAGAUUCGUCGCAGAUAUCAAGACACGUCGCUGAUCAUCUUUAAAGAACACCAGUUAUACCGUGUGCGGAGACGACACGAAAGCGAGCGCGAAAGCUCGACGUACGCAAAUUUCGAUAUAAAUAGAAAAACAAUGACCUACGCGAGCAACGGCAAUGAUCCUGUGAUUUUGCCCAAAACGACGACAACGUCCGCCACUACGACAGACGGUGCUGCGCUAACGAUCGCACGUACAAAUCGAGAAUCUAGACUGUCGCUUCAAUUAUUCAGGAUACACCGUAAGCCCGGGGACACCUGUACAAUAGGUUGAGCAUCGAGUUAGCUGCAUUUAUAU